AUGACAUCAGCACUCCUCGAACUCCCAGUCGACAUAAUACACCUCAUAUUGCCCUACCUCGAUGUCGCGAGCUUCAACCACUUCACCUCGACCUGCUCCGCCCUGCACAGUUUCACCUACGAUGACACAUACUGGUCCGCGCUGGUGCGGCGCGAUUUUCGCGUGCCCAACCAGCCCGUUGUCGAGAACGAUGGCCGUCGGUGGCGCCGGCUCUACAAGCGGUUGAGAACUCAGAGCAAGGUCUUCACGUGGGGCAACAAUGACAAAGGAUGCUGGGGACACUCGUACGAAACCGGUCGACAGCCCAUGCCACUGCGGAUGCGCGGCGGCAGGCGGAUAAUUGUGCAGAGGCGUAUUAGGCACCACAUGAGCUGGCCUGGAGAGAUGCAGGGUACCGAAGAGUUGGGCGUCAUUUCCGACCUGCAAUGUGGCGGCUGGAGCACUACUCUCUUGACCAGUAAAGGAGCUCUGUAUACCGUUGGCGUGAUGGACGGCCUUCACUUCGUGCCUCAGUACGGAGUUCAGACCGAGAAGCUGCAGCUGGCGCCUCUGCGAUUUCCUAGUGGUAUGCUGCAGCCCACAGAUACCUACGACCCAUCGACCGCAACCAGGCAAUUCUCCUCAGGCAGGUCUCAUGUGCUUGCGCUGAGCGACAGUGGCAGGAUCUGGAGCUGGCAGAACAUCGACUAUCCCGCGCUACAUGUCAAAUUCAUUCACCACGAGACGAAGGAAGAUGGACGGGAACGUGGGAAGGCUGUUGUGCGGAAAGUUGUAGCUGGCUGGAACAAAAGCGCUGCACUCAUUGAAGGCAGCGGCAUUGUGCUGUGGGAGCCGCUGCGAAUGGAACCGAAUGAGACUGAGGCAUUGGAUGCUGCGCUGGUGCUGGAGACCGCCGUCGUCCCUCAGACCAACUACGUGAUACCGCAAGAUCGGAGACAAGGAGAUCCAGACGAUUAUCUAGCUACGGCUGUGGGAGAAGUACAAAGCUUCAUCGUACUUGAGCACUCUGUCCUGUUCAAUACUUCCCUGGGCAAGAUUUUUGCCGCACAGAUCACCUGGGACGAUGAGACCCAAAGCGUUGGCGAUCCAGUGGAACUCAGUGUGCCACGAGCAAAAGAUGAUCCUGGAGAGGCCUCGUUCGUUACCGACGUCCAGGGCUCGUUCCGCAACUUUGCAGUCUUCACCAAAUCUGGCGCUGUCUUGACGAGCCACGAAGAUCGCCUCGUGGAUGUUUUGACAAGGCAGAACCACAGUCAACGCGGUCUUUUCCGACGAAUACCUGCUCUACAAAACAAACAAGUCAUAUCACUUGCCUUUGGCGACUAUCAUUUCCACGCGUUGCACUCGCCUGGCUACAUCACAUCUUACGGGUAUGAACCGCAGAAUUGCGGCGCUCUUGGCCUCGGAGGGGGUGCAGCUCCAGAAAGUCGACUACGUGGGAUCCGAAGCCAGGGAAUUGGUGGCGACGGACACCUAGUACCGCACGCAUACACGGAGGGUAGAAGAGUAUGGUUUGAGAAGGAGAAGCGCGAGUGGCUGACGUUCCUCACAUCGGGCGCUCUCGAUGAGGCGGAGGCUGCUGAGAGAAUGCGAAUGUCAAUCGGCAGCCCGAAUGUUAAUGCGCAGGGCGAGGUUAGUGAGUGGAUUGAGCAGGAAUCUCGAGAUUGGGAAGGCAAGUACGGCAUUCACGAGGAUGGCGGAGAUGGACUCGGUGCUUACUUCGCUCUAAAUGUCACUGCAGCAGGCUGGCAUAGUGGUGCCUUGGUGUUGGUCAAUGAGGACAUGGUGCAGAAGCUGCAGGAAGCCGUGGAGGUUCCAUUGGAGUCCGAGCAGCAGGCUUUCGAAGCUUCUCCGAAGCACGAGCCUGCAGAAGGCGAAGCUGGGCCAAGCGCCAGAUCAGACCCAGCUACCAGCAAUGAGGCACCCGCCAAUACGUCUCUCUUCGACCGCGCCGCUGACUUCGGACGCUUCUUUCUGGGUCUACCGCCGUACAACGUCUCUUCUGCAAGUUAUGACCCGAACGCGGUCCGUCUCCCCAACACUGCCAACCCACGACACCGAGAUCCUCAGCCGCUGGAUUACGGUGCUUCUCCAAGAGAAGGCUACCGAUAUGUGUGGUCACGAGAUCAUUUUCCCCGUCUAAGACUGAGCGAUGGCACCGAGAUGCCCGGUACAGUUCCAUUUGACGAGUGGAGGUACGGGCGACCAGAGUGGAAGCUGGAUUGGGAGCAUGAGGAUCUUGCACCUCCAGAAUAA